UACGCGCUACCGGACGAGCGAGGAGAUCCGCGGUUGGGGACAGCCGGGCGCGCGGACUGUCAUGGCGGCGGCCGAAACUGGGAUAGAGGGUGCCGGCGGCGGCGUGUCUGCCGGCCCGAGGCCCGACGCUGGGUCUCAGCGGGCAGAGCUCCUGCCGCUUCUAGGAACGGCUCUGAGGCCGGGGGAGUCCUGGUUCCUGAUUGACAGCUGGUGGUUCAAGCAGUGGAAGAAAUAUGUGGGCUUUGACAGUUGGGACCUGUACAACGCUGGAGAGCCGAAUCUCUUUCCGGGACCGAUUGAUAACUCUGGGCUUUUUGCAGAUUCAGAAACUCAAACCUUGAAAGAACACCUAAUUGAUGAAUUGGAUUAUGUGUUGGUCCCUACUGAAGCCUGGAAUAAAUUAGUAAACUGGUAUGGCUGUAUAGAAGGACAACAGCCAAUUGUCAGAAAAGUGGUGGAGUAUGGUCUGUUUGUGAAGCACUGCAAAGUAGAGGUUUACCUUCUGGAGUUGAAACUGUGUCAGAACAGUGACCCUGCUAAUCUUGUGAGCUCUUAUUUCAGUAAAGCAGAUACUGUAGCUACCAUUGAAAAAGAAAUGAGAAAACAGUUUAAUAUCCCAGCUGACAAGGAGAUUAGGCUAUGGAGCAGAUACAUGAGUAAUACGUAUGAACAGCUAAGCAAACUUGACAGCACUAUACAAGACGCGGGAUUCUAUCAGGGACAGGUGGUAUUAAUAGAAGUGAAGAAUGAAGAUGGAACAUGGCCCAGGCAGUCUUCUUUGGCAAAAUCUAGCACUGCGACUAGAAGUCUAACUACCUCUUCAAAAUCACCAGCCAGCUCUUGCUCCUCAGUAGUUGCCUCUUCAUCCAUCACAAAUGGUGAUAGCAAUAACUCUUAUGGGAUGAACUGUUCCAGCCUUGGCAAAGGAGGCUCUAGCUUUUCUUGCAACUCCUUCAGCAACAGGGAAAGUCCUCCUCAGACACAGCCUGGUCUCUGUGGGCUCAGUAACCUGGGAAAUACAUGUUUCAUGAACUCUGCAUUACAGUGUUUGAGUAACACCCCUCCACUGACCGAUUAUUUCCUGGAAGAUAAAUAUGAGGCUGAAAUAAAUCAGGACAAUCCUCUCGGAAUGAGGGGAGAAAUUGCAGAAGCCUACGCAGAGCUCAUCAAACAGAUGUGGUCGGGGAGGUACUCUCAUGUGGCUCCCCGCAUGUUCAAAACCCAAGUUGGCCGAUUUGCCCCUCAGUUUUCAGGAUAUCAGCAACAAGAUUCCCAGGAGCUUCUGGCCUUUCUUCUAGAUGGUUUACAUGAAGAUCUAAACAGAGUAAAGAAGAAACCUUAUUUGGAGUUGAAAGAUGCUAAUGGCCGGCCUGAUUCGGUAGUGGCAAAAGAAGCAUGGGAGAACCAUCAACUCCGUAAUGACUCAAUUAUCGUUGAUAUUUUUCAUGGUCUUUUCAAAUCCACGUUGGUUUGCCCAAAAUGUUCUAAAGUUUCUGUGACUUUUGAUCCCUUUUGCUAUUUAACCCUUCCAUUGCCCUUGAAGAAAGAUCGGCCCAUGGAUGUGUUCUUGGUUUUUGCAGAUCCUCAGCGCAGACCUACUCAAUACCGGGUAGUUGUGCCAAUGAUGGGGGCUGUAUCUGAUUUGUGUGAUGCACUCUCAAAACUUUCCAGCAUCCCUGCAGACAAUAUGAUGGUGACAGAUGUUUAUAACCACAGAUUCCACAAAAUUUUUGAGAUGGAUGAGGGCUUAAGUCAUAUUAUGCCAAAAGACAACAUCUUCGUGUAUGAAGUUUGCAGACCAAUGGAAGACAGUUCAGAAUGUGUCACUCUUUCAGUUUACUUCAGAGAGAAGAAAGCAAGGCAGUCUAACACGGCUCCAGGAACUGUUUUGUAUGGCCAGCCUCUACUCCUGUCGACAUCAAAGCACAAGCUCACCCUAGAUUACUUGUACAAUAUUAUUUUGGAACGGAUUAGCCGUUAUGUUAAGGUUCCUUUGGUGGAAGAAUUUUCUGAUGCAUCUACAAACCAUGGAUCUUGUAAUGGCGCCAGUGGUGUUUCUGAAGGGGAAAUUGAAGAGAUGGAACAUCAGAAUGAAGAGGAAGAAAACAAGGAGAAAGUGUUGGAAACAGAUGCCUGCCAAUCAGAAGACUGCAUCCAGGAUGAGUUGGGAAAGGAAGACCUGCAGCACAGGAAGUAUCUCUUCAGCUUCAGCCUUGUGAAUUCAUAUGGGACAUCAGAAAUCAAUUCCCUUACCACUGAUGGAAAGGUCCUCAAGUUGAGUUCCCAUGCGACUCUUGCUAUUGACUGGGAUCCUGGCACUCGCAAGUUGCUUUUUGAUGAACAAGAAGCUCAGGCAUUUGAAAAACACAACAGUAUGUUCCAGCCACAGAAGAAGAAAGCUACUGUAGCUCUUAGAGACUGCAUUGAACUCUUCACUACAAUGGAAACACUUGGUGAACAUGAUCCCUGGUAUUGUCCUAAUUGCAAAAAGCAUCAGCAAGCCACCAAAAAGUUUGACCUUUGGUCACUUCCACGUAUUCUGGUGGUACAUUUGAAACGUUUCUCAUACAACAGAUACUGGAGAGAUAAACUUGACACUGUGGUUGAAUUCCCCAUCAGGGAUUUGAACAUGUCUGAGUUCGUUUGUGACCCAGCAGCAAGCCCAUACACAUAUGACCUCAUUGCUGUUUCCAAUCACUAUGGAGGCAUGGGUGUGGGACAUUAUACUGCCUAUGCAAAAAAUAAAAUAAAUGACAAAUGGUACUACUUUGAUGACAGCAGUGUGUCUCCAGCCUCUGAAGAACAAAUAGUAACAAAAGCAGCGUAUGUACUAUUCUACCAGCGCAGAGAUGGCAAAGCCAAGAGAGAUCCAUCUCCAUGCACGAGUGUUGAGCCGACAUCUGAAGAGUGUGAUGGCAUGGACACCAACUGAGCCUACCUGGCAGUGUUUCAAGCAACCAGAUUGUUAAUUUGAAAAUGCAUUGGAAGCAUCUGAGAACUGCUCCAUGUGUACAACACAAAAUGGAAAGUCCAGUGCAGGGAUAUGCAGUGAGCAGUGACAAUAGCACAGGGAAAGCAGUAAAGUGACAACACUGAGUUGCAUUAUAAUUUAAAAGCUCUUGAAACAAAUUUUACCUUUGCCCUUCAAUAAAGUAUUGCUGAAAGCAGAAACUUUGUGGAGCCAGACAUUACAUAGUGUGACUGAAGCAGUGCAUGUACCACAUGGCCAGAAGAAAUUCAAAACCUUGGCUGUAAAUAGGCUUCAGCUGAGAAGCCAUGUGCAUUGUGAAAGAUGCAUGGUAUCAGGAGCUCUGCAGAAGUGCCGGCUGACAUUUUAGGCCAACUUCUUAACGCAUCUGGGAUACUAGAGUGCUGCUAAAAUAGUUUUUAAAUUAAAUAUAACCACAACAGUAUUCACCUGUUCUCACCAAUCCAGUGGGUGUCUUAAGCUUCUUGAGCAAUCUCACCAAAUCUUCUUUGGUCAUGUUCCAGUAGUAAUUUGCAAACAGCAAUGGGAAGGUUUAUUCUUUUUCUUUCUCCUUGGGACCCACCAGGGAAUUGAAACAGUUUAUCCAGGAAUUUUAGAGGAAUGGUCAUCAACUCUUCAUGCAGGUUUUUUUUUUUAGCAGAACCACUAAAAGUUUAGGACUUUUUCUGUCAUAAAGUCUAUGCCAGAGUAGAUGUUCAGCGGUUUGUCUCCCUUUCAAAUUUACAGAGACAUGGGAGUAUCCCUGCUGCCCCUCUCCAUUCCAUUAAGAUAAGUUUCCUUGUAUAGAGAUUGCAGGAAUUGUUCCUGAUCUCUUCAUUGCCAUUUGCCUCUGCCUCUCUAAACCCCCGUGCAGUUGGGUAGACACUGUAAUUAUACUUCUCCAAAUAGCUUAAGACAUAAGAGCUUCGAAGGGGGGUGAAGCUUUGUAGUUAUUCUACAGAAGCACUCAAACCGCUACGGUUCACCUGCCCUUUGUAGCCAAUCUCAGCAUCUAUGCAACAAUGGUGUUCCACUAUGUUCUCCACACUUUCCCAGCAUUUGAUUGUCCUUCAUCAGACUGGGAAAUACCCUGUGUCCCAAUUGGUUUUAUGCUGAUCUCGCUCUACCACCCAAAUCAAAUUGUACCAAUAAAAUAGCCAGGCCACUUGCCAUUUUAGCAAAACUGAUGAUAAGUAUCCGAGUGCCCACCCACUGUAGUUUUCUAGCAGAGUCCUCCUUGCUAUCUGCUACAUUCUGCUUAUUGACACCCCCCCCUUUUUUUUUUUUUUUUGAAUAUGAUACAGGACUGCAGAAUGAUCCUUAUAAAGCACUGAGAUUUGGGUUGUUUGGUUCAGUUACUGAUGCUUCUGGGUUUUUAUGUUUUAAGGUUUUACCUUGACUGGAUAUUUUUUCCCUUGCACUCUAGGGAUGGGGUUGGGUGGGUUUGAAAUUAUUUAAUGGCUAAGUUGAAUUACAGCACUGCACUGUGUUUUCCCUGUUGGUUUUUCCCCCUGUUUUUCUGGGGUUCUGUAAUCUUUUGGAAUGUAAUUUUUGGAGAAAUAAGGAAACAUAUUUAAAAGUAAAGAGCAAUUUAAUGUAAACUGUAUAUCCCUUCCCCAUACUGAAGCAGGAACCUAUUUUGUGUUCUUAGUAUGGUCGGGGUUGAGCACAUUUGUGGGUGAUCUUGGGCUUCUGAGAAUCUUCUAAAUGCUGUAAAGAUGGUGUUAGGAACUAGGCUUUGACUCUGACCGGGCGGGAUCCUAGCUGGUGUGUACAUUCUGUAUAGUGUCAAAACCUGUUUUUAGACUAGCACUUUGUAAGUGGCUGGCUUUACUGUAUAAAGGAAAAAUAAAAAGGAGUGGAUUUCACAGA